AUGAGCACCAAGAACAAAGCUGAAUAUCCCUGGGAAAUAACCCGAGAGGUAGAACGGCUUCAGAAACAGCAUGCCUGGGUUCAGAGAUGUCUUGACAACAAGAUUGUCUUUGCACCAAUGACACUGGAUAAAGAAGGACUUAAGAUUCUCGACGUCGGGUGCGCCGAUGGAGUUCUGCUUCGAGACCUGAAGAAGCAGGUUUCUCCAUCUGCUCAGCUCGUUGGCGCUGAUAUUGUCGAGGCCUUUCUACCUGCUUCCGAAGAGGGCAUUCGAUUCGAAGUUUAUGACCUUUGUGAAUUGCCUAGAGACGAACUUGUUGGAGCAUUUGACUUGACACAUGUGAGGUACAGCAUCCUUGGAGCUGCCAAGGUGGGCUAUCAGAAAGCCAUUGAUCAUCUCGCCUCGACGGUUGCGCCUGGAGGUUGGCUGCAGGUCCACGAGCUUGACUUUGAUCUAACAGAUCGGCCUAACGUAGGUCCAGCGUGGAGAGAUGUGAGCAACCUCAUCGCGGCUAUGUUCGAUGGUAUGGGCAUGGGAUCCGAUUGCAUUCGCAAACUGCCGGGCGCAUUCGAGGCAGCAGGACUAGACAACGUGACUGUCCAUUCAGUGGAUCUGCCCAUGGGUAAGCUGCUGGGUGACGAUGAGGCUGCCGAGUUAUCGUGGCAGCCUUUCGUGAUUACCAUCCCAAGCCUCAUUGAGGGCGCAAAGGCCCUUGGUGUCAAGCUACCCGACUCUACUUAUGAGAACUUGGCUGAGAGGUUUGAGAAUGAAGUCAAGGAAGAAGGUGCAAUGUUUCGAGCGUUAGUCACUAUCGGACAGAAGCCAGCGAUUGAGUAUGAUCCUUCAACUUGGUAUUUGAGCGUGCGCUCCCGAAGCAUGGACCCAGCCACCGAGCUGUCAGCAUCCAGUUACCCCAGCUUCGCAACUAGUGUCAAUUACAAAGACUUUGUCAUAGUUAUUAACUUGGAGCGGAGUCUCCACCAAACAAAACAGAGGUUGACAGUCACCCCGACGAUCGUGAUGCCAAGAUGUCACCAAAGACCAAAUACCUCAAUCCAACAUGUUGAAGCUCUGUUGAGCAACUUGACGCUGGAUGAGAAGGUGGAGCUUCUGGCGGGCCAGGGAUCGUUUCGGAUGACCGGUCUUGAGAAGCAUGGAAUUCCGGCGCUUAUUACUUCAGAUGGGCCUCAUGGAAUUCGAGGACGGCGGUCGUUCACUCGUAUGCCGAGUCCAAUGCUACCGUCGGCUACAGGAAUGGGCGCUACCUUCAACACUGAACUCAUCCAUAAGAUCGGAAGCCUUCUUGGUGAAGAAGCGAAGGCCCGCGGUGUUCAUGUCUUGCUAGCACCGACACUUUGCCUGCAGCGCUCACCCUUGAUCGGGCGUGGUUUUGAAGCUUUUGGCGAAGACCCUUUUCUCAGCGGAACUUUGGGCGCGCAUUACAUCAAUGGCGUUCAAGAGCAAGGUGUUGCAACAAGCGUCAAGCACUAUGCAGCUCACGAUCAGUCUGACAACAGUAUCGAGGACAAUGUGGUUAUGACCGAGCGCACCCUCCGAGAAGUUCAUAUGCUACCCUUCCAGCUCGCCCUUCGAGGAUCAGACCCCUGGACGAUCAUGACGUCCUAUAACAAGAUCAACGGAAUUCAUGUAAGUGAGGAUCCUCUGCUGAUAAAGGAGAUCCUACGUGAAGAGUGGGGGUUCAAGGGACUUGUUAUGAGUGACUGGUUCGGCACGUACAGCACAUCCGAAGCUAUCAAUGCUGGCUUGGAUCUCGAGAUGCCUGGACCGACAGAUUGGAGAGGAAAGCGCCUCAGCAUUGCGGUCAACUCUCGAAAGGUGUCCAAAGCAACAGUCGAUACAGCUGUUGAGAAUGUCUUGAACCUUGUCAAUAAGUGCAAGGCGGGCGAGAAAUCAGGAAAGCCCCCUCAGUCGGAUACGCCAGAACAACGAGCCCUGAUUCGACAGCUUGUGGCUGAGUCAGUAGUGCUACUGAAGAACAACAAGCAAAAACUACCGAUCAAGAACCCGAAGAACCUGAAGUUCGGACUGAUUGGAGAUCAUGUCAAGAACCCUGCUCUUUGCGGUGGUGGAAGUGCCGAGGUUGAGCCUUACUAUGGCAUUACCCCAUAUGAGGCGAUCAAGGAAGUUGUAGGAGAGGAGAAUAUCACAUAUACUCCAGGUUGCAAUUCCUUCCGAUUUAGUCCCCUCAUUAAGGGUCAUACACCCCCAGGGUCUGAUUCUGAGGGCUGGUCUGUCGAGAUCUUUGGAGAUGACCCGCAAGAGAACCCCGAUGCCAGGGUCCUUGUUUCAACUACAGCCGAGAAGCAGCUGGUCGAUGUUCCAGAGAGCUACCACGCGACACUCCCAACCAAAUUUUACGCCAGAGCGAAAGCCAAGUACAUUAUCCACGAGUCGGGAAAGCUCAAGUUCGGCUUCAGCACUUCUGGAAAGGGAAAGCUCAUCAUUGACGGCAAGGAGGCUAUCGACCAGUGGACAAGCCAGCCUCCAAAAACUGACUCUACCCCUUGCUUCAACCGCCUGUCCAUGGAGAGGUACUAUGAGGGCGAGUUCGAGAAGGGCCAGGUACUUGACCUCGAGGUGCUCCAAGUUAAUGAGAGCCUCUCGGGCGGCGUUGGCACUGCACAAACACUCGCUGGUCGCGUUGGAGUUUAUGAGCUCUACGACGAAGACCAGGGUAUCAAGGAUGCCGUGGAACUUGCCAAGAAGGUUGAUGUCCCCAUCGUUAUCACUGGGUUAUCAUCAGAUUUCGAGUAUGAGGGCAGCGACAGGAAGCACCUGAGACUUCCCGGUCGCGUGGACGAAUUGAUAUCGGCUGUCUUGGAGGCCAACCCCAAUGCUAUUAUCAUUACGCAAUCAGGGUUGCCCAUCGAAAUGCCUUGGGAGUCUCAAGCGGCGACUCUUCUUCACGCCUGGUUUGGCGGCCAAGAGACAGGUCAUGGCAUGGCUGAUGUCCUUUUUGGCAAGGUCAAUCCCUCCGGAAGGCUCUCACUAACAUUUCCCAAAUCCAUCAAGCAUACGCCAGCGUACCUCACCUUCUCUAAGGCGGACUAUGAUAUUGUAUAUGGCGAGGGUGUCUUCAUUGGUCAUCGAUACUACGAGAUGGUUGACCGAGAGCCUCUCUUCUACUUCGGUCAUGGUCUUUCGUACUCGAGGUUCGAGUACUCGAACCUCAGCGUACCUGAGGAGUUCACACCAGCGGCUGAUCACCAGAUGCGCGUCACGGUCGACAUCGCCAACAAGGGCGCCUUUGCGGGUGCUGAAGUUGUGCAGCUAUACAUCCACCACGCGGACAGCUCUCUUCAACGGCCAAUCAGAGAGUUGAAGGCAUUUACCAAGGUCACUGUGGAUGUCGACGAGACCAAGACCGCUGAACUUACUCUUGAUAAGUAUUCAUUGUCAUUCUGGUGCCAGGAGGCAUCGAAGUGGAAGGCUGAAGCCGGAAAGUACACCGUGAUACUUGCCUCCAGCUCAAAUCCCAAGGACGAGAUUACGCGCGGGGAUUUUACCUUGCCCAGGACUUUCUUCUGGAAGGGCCUUUAG